UAGCACUAAACGAUAAUACAACUUCAUCUGAAAUUCUUGAAUGUGAAUUCGAAUCUUAUUCAGAAUGUGAAACUUCUAUUGCUACUAUUACAGGUUCUGAAUCAGGAAUAGAAAUUUCUUCUAACAAUACUCCAAAGCGCACACGUAAAUCAAACAAAACUUCAAAAUUUCAGCAGCGUAACUCUAAACUUUUUUCACCUUUAAAAAAUCAAGUUCCGGAGAUCAACAACAAAGUUUUCAACAAUCAAUUAACACUUUCAAAACUUCCUGAUGAUAAUAUGCAAAAUAAUCGUAUUCAAGAGGAUCAAUUAGAUAUUAUGCAAGAAAAUCACAUUCAAGAGAAUCGAGAUGAUUCAAUUAUUACACAAAAUUGCCCUGAAAUUAGAAAACCAUUUGAAACUAUUACUUCCAAUAUUAUAUUACAAAUUCCACCUACUGAAAAGCCGAUUACUUUAAAUUUAAAUCUUACAUUUGGAAAAUAA